AUGUCUAAACGGAAUAAUGAGGGCGAUGUCAUCGCAAAUCGCAUAAGUCUGCUCGAGGCAAAGGGCCAAAAACUCUUGGCGUCACUGUAUGGGUCGCGGCCGGACUGGAGCACUGCCGAUGGUGAUGCGAAAACACAAGUUGAAGACGAUGAUCAAGACCUGAAACAGAACUACGCUCACGACAGGAUUGGUGUCGGCGGUAUGGUUCCCAAGGAUAUCGAAGAUGGCAGCUUCACCAGCAGAAUACGAACGUCAGACGACAAACUUCUGCAACAACUGAUCGGCAAGAAAAAGGCGAAAGCUCAUAUCACUGCGAAACAAGAAGCUGCGAGACCAAAUGCAGCCUCCAAAGCUCAACAUUACAAGAAGCUUGCUGCGAAGAAAGAAGAGUCGGACGACGAUGAAGAGGGGAGAGCUGCGACAUUCAAAUCCAAAAGGCAGAAGAAGAGGGUGAAGCAGGAAGCUAAGCCUGCGGACAGCGAUGACGAAGAUGAAGAGACGAGGGCGAAGAGGUUGGGAGGUGGCGCUGUGAAAGAAGAGGAGGUGGUCAAAGAAGCUCAAAUAGACGCGAAAUCUAUCAAGCAGAAAGAUGACGAUGAGGAAGCGGAGCCCACACAGCCAGCCCCCAAGAAAGCGAGAGCAAAACCCAAGAGUUUCCUCGACGAGAUUCUCGCUGAGCGGUCAAAGAAGAAGAGUAAGAAGGGAAAGGCAUAG